AUGGAGAAUCUUAACAAGUUAAGAGCGAAAAGAACAAAUGUGAAAGGACAACUCACGCAGUUCGUCAAGUUCGUUAGAGAUCAUGGAGAAGAGCGUAGAGAACAGUUACCAGACAGGAUUAGAGAUCAUGCAGAAGAGCUAUUCGGUACGUACAAUGAGAUUCAAUCGCAGAUUGCAGAAGUAAAAUUAGAAGCAGCAAUAGAGAAAAUUCCACCGCCGUCUCAGGAAGAAUUGCAAGCGUUAGAUGCAGAGAUAGCGCGGGAGAGGCAAUCAGUCGAGGAUGUUUAUUUUGAAUACUUAGUAAAAGCGAAGCGGUUAGUAGAGGCGGAACAAACAAAUGUUGCAGUUCAUCAACAAGAACAGCAGGUAAACAAUCUUACUGUAAAAUUACCUACUCUUCAACUUCCAAAAUUCAAUGGCAGCUACGACCAGUGGCUAAUGUACAAGGAUACUUUCACGUCGGUUAUAGAUUCCAAUGUCAGAUUGACACGUAUUCAAAAGUUUCAAUAUCUUUGUAGCUCCUUAACAGGGGAGGCUUUGCAAGUAAUACAUACCUUAGAGACAACGGAUGAGAACUACGAGAUAGCAUGGCGACUGAUCAAAGAAAGAUAUGAAAAUAAAAAGUUAAUAAUUAGUACACAUAUAAAAGAGCUUUUUGAAUUGCAGACUGUAAACAAGGGUAGUCACACAGCAUUGAGAACUUACAUCGAUUCUAUCAGAACUCAUGUCAGAGCGUUGGAAGCAUUGAAGCAGCCUAUAGCACACUGGGAUACCAUUCUCAUUUAUUUAUUGAGCGACAAGCUGGAUUACACAACAAGAAAAGACUGGGAAUUAGAAAUAGGUAAGAGAGAUACAGAUAGUAUGCCAUCUUUAGAAGCGUUGUUAGAGUUUUUAACAACUAGAGCUCAUACAUUGGAAUUAGUAGAAGGGUCAAAGAACAAACAAGAGCAUGCAAAGUAUAAUGCACUCAAGAAAGCAGGCAAGAAAGUAAAUGUGGCAGCUAUACCACAAGCAGCAUGUGUCAUCUGCGAAGGUCAACAUCAUGUAUCGAAAUGUGAAAAGCUUCAGAAGAUGUCCGUGCCAGAAAGGAGAGAAGAAGUAAAAAAGCGACAGCUAUGUUUUAACUGUUUGCGAAAAGGUCAUUAUAUUCAAGCGUGUACAGCAUCUACCUGUAAGGUAUGUUCGAGAAAACAUAACACGAUUUUGCAUAUGGAAACAGGAGAACAGAUAGAAAACAAGAACACGACGGUGAUGAGCGCCAGAGACGAAUCAAGCACAGUAGGUUUUUCAAAGGAAUUAAGAGCGAAUUCAGAGGCAUCAAGUAACGGAACAGCAGUGAUAGUACAUACAAUGCGACUAACAGAAUCUAUCGUUUUUAUAGCUACAGCUAAAAUAUAUGUUAUGGACAAUGAAGGAAAUUUGAGAGUCUGUCGAGCCAUGUUGGAUCCAGGUUCACAAAGUAACAUCAUCACAAAAGACUUAGCGAGAAAAUUGCAGUUAAAGGGAAACAAAGUUAACGUGCCCAUCAGCGGUAUAAGUCAAACUCAAAUUACAGUAAAAGAAUCAACUAGUAUUCGAAUCAAGUCGAUGCAUAAUGAGUUUUCAACAGAAUUAGAUUGUCUGAUAAUGCCAACUAUAACGGAGAGGAUGCCACACGUCAAAGUUAAUACGCAUAACUGGGACAUUCCAGAAGAUUUGAAUUUGGCGGAUCCAAGCUUUAAUCUACCAGAAACAAUAGACAUCCUUAUAGGAAGCAGUCACUUUUGGCUAUUAAUGAACACCGGACAAAGAAAGUUAAGCGAUUCAUUGCCUAGGCUUCAAGAAACACAGCUAGGGUGGAUAAUAGGAGGUGAACUAAUAAAUCCAAAAGUAUUGAACAACAAACGAGUUUGUAAUAUAGCAACUAUGAAUCUAGAUGAGCAGCUGCAAAGGUUCUGGAGCAUAGAGGAAGUCCCGACUCGCCCACGAGAGGAUUCAUAUACACCACAGGAACGAUUAGCGGAAGAUCUGUUUUUGCAUACCGUGCGAAGAGAUCAAGAGGGCAGAUAUAUUGUGCGUAUGCCGAGAGACGAGUCCAUCAUACUAGGCGAUUCUGAGAACAUGGCAAUCAAGAGAUUCUUAGCGACAGAAAGGAAAUUGAAUCAGCAACCGGAGUUGAAAGCAGACUAUCAUAGAUUCAUGAAAGAGUAUGAAGAAAUGAAUCAUAUGUCCAUAGUCAAACAGCUGAGUCACAUACCAAAAAAGGAGUAUUUUUAUCUUCCGCCAACCAGUGAUCAGGACAACAAGCUUAACGACGAAAUUACGAGUAGUUUUCGAUGGAUCAUCGAAGACAUCAACAGGUUCAUCUUUAAAUCAGAAAUUGUUAAGCGGAGCCAAUCUUCAGAUAGACUUAUGGGAAAUUAUGAUUAG